GAACUACAAUUCCCAUCAAGACUGUCGCUUAACGAUGACGCACAAAUGGAGAAUAUUCAGGAAGGUUGCAAAACAGUUGCGUCAGAAACUUGCGCACUUGUAUCUAGAAAGGUGAACGGCAAACGCUGCUCUCGGCUGAUAAAGGAUAAUAUAUAUAGUGACCAUGUUGGUGGCGAGGUUGACGUGCCUGAGGAGUCUCCCCUUAGCCGGGCUCCGUCCCGUGCUGACGCAGGGCUCCCCGGCCCUGAGAGCACCCACCCUGCGGGCCAGUACACCCCUGCUCAGGCCACAGCAGGGUUUCUCCUCUAAGGCCAGAUUUGGUUUUCGACGUGGGAGGGCAACCAGAGACCAGCUCAAAGAAGCAGCUUUUGAGCCAGCGACAGAUACCGCCAUUAGAAUUGACAGCAUGGGAAGAAUGAUUCUGGCUGGAGGUGCAGCAGUUGGUCUUGGAGCUCUGUGCUACUAUGGGCUCGGCAUGUCCAAUGAAAUUGGUGCCAUUGAGAAAGCAGUGAUCUGGCCACAGUAUGUGAAGGACAGGAUCCACUCCACCUACAUGUACUUUGCAGGCAGCGUUGGACUGACUGCUCUGUCAGCUGUAGCUGUGAGCAGGACCCCAGCACUUAUGGGUCUGAUGAUGAGAGGAUCCUGGCUGGCGAUUGGAGCAACUUUUGCAGCCAUGAUUGGUGCCGGCAUGCUGGUCAGGUCUAUUUCAUAUGAGCACAGUCCUGUGCCCAAACACCUCGCUUGGAUGCUCCAUGCAGGUGUCAUGGGUGCUGUCAUCGCCCCCCUUACUCUUCUGGGAGGGCCCCUGAUGAUGAGGGCUGCCUGGUACACAGCCGGCAUCGUGGGAGGUCUGUCUACUGUGGCCAUGUGCGCCCCGAGCGAGAAGUUCCUCAAUAUGGGUGGGCCAUUGGCUGUCGGCUUUGGAGUGGUCUUCGCUUCCUCUAUUGGAUCAAUGUUCCUGCCGCCCACCUCAGCAUUUGGAGCAGGGCUUUACUCAGUGGCCGUCUAUGGAGGCCUGGUCCUUUUCAGCAUGUUCCUUCUCUAUGAUACACAGAAGGUCAUCAAGAGGGCAGAGACACACCCACUCUACGGUGUACAGAAAUAUGACCCCAUCAACGCGUGUAUGGGGAUUUACAUGGACACACUGAACAUCUUCAUGAGGCUGGUGAUGAUUCUGGCCAACGGUGGCGGCGGCAAGAGGAAGUAAACAGCAGCAACAUGCCCACAGCUUCAGUUUUACCUUUCACAGAGCUGAACAAAGUCAUGUGUUGUUACUAGCAGCAUACACCAGGCGUUAUCUUUUAGUGGCAAUUCUUAUCUAACUAGUAAAUAAACAUGAAUGUUUUGCAAGCGUGGAAAGAUGAGGAUUGCACUCUCUGGUGCAUGUUGCCAUUCCAAGUUAAGAAGACAAAUAGUUGUACAUUGAUAAAACACAGACAGAGCUCUUACCUUGAUUGAGGAAGUACCUGGUUUAUCCAAGGGGGUUUACAGAUGGUUUAAAUCUGUCUGUCAGCAUAUUUUUUGUCUGCCUCGGAUGUCCUUUGUAUUGUUGUUUAUGUUUUCUAUUUAUUUUCUCUUGAAAGUUAAAGAAUCUGGUAUAUGCAACAGAAAUGCCGCAUAUGUCAACCAUACUCACAAUAAAUGACAAUUCUGUAUUUACUUGCUCCAGUAUAAACUGAUACUGCACUUCUGUGAUGGGUUAAAAAGAUCAUUAGCUCAUACUGUAUAUUUGUAAGAAGAUUUACAGUCAUUUCAACAAUGGAAUCACUCAAUAAAAACACACAAAGUGAUGUUUUUUGUCAGAUGUUGCUUCUGUGCCAGGUCAGUUGUAGCUUACCUGUUUUUUGGAUAGUGAUCUUAAAAUCCAGCAGAGGGUGAGAUGACAUAAUUUCUGAUAUAGGCCUUUUUCACAGAGGAUAUUUUGACAUGUCACAAUAGGAAAAGCACAAUGUAAAUAAUGAACGUAAUUAUGGCUGAAUUCCAUUGAGCUGCGUAAGUUUCAGGGCCCUGGUAUUAUUAAUGUCAGCUCACUGGGACUGCUGAAUACAACAGAGCUAUUGUUAAUGUUCCUAGUAACACCGCUUCGUUUCCUACUGUGACAAGUCAAAAUGAAGUGAAGAACGGAUUACUUUCAUUAUCGAUUGUUCUGCCAAUUAUUUGCCGAUAUGUGACUGCCAAUGAAAAUGAGCCUUUUGGCUAACUGGGGUACAUUUACAUCUAUUUGAAUGUUGACUGAUGUACAUUGUCCCAUUUCAAAACCAAAUUAAUAAAUACAUUUUCCCGA